UUUGAGAAGUACUCUUUUUUUGUUUGUUUCUUUUCUGUUUAUUUUGCGAUGUCUGGACGUGGCAAGCAAGGUGGUAAGGCUCGGGCUAAAGCGAAGUCUCGCUCCUCGCGGGCCGGUCUCCAGUUUCCCGUGGGCAGAGUGCAUCGCCUACUUCGUAAGGGCAACUACGCUGAGCGGGUCGGGGCUGGCGCGCCGGUGUACUUGGCAGCGGUAUUGGAGUACUUGACGGCUGAGAUACUGGAGUUGGCUGGUAAUGCGGCGCGCGACAACAAGAAGACUCGCAUCAUCCCACGCCACCUGCAGCUGGCCAUCCGCAACGAUGAGGAGCUUAACAAACUGUUGGGCCGCGUGACCAUCGCUCAGGGCGGGGUCUUGCCGAACAUCCAGGCGGUGCUGUUGCCUAAGAAGACCGAGAGCCAUCACAAGGCCAAGGGCAAGUGAUUUGACAGGGAUUUGAGUUUCCGGAAGUGCUUUCAAACCCAAAGGCUCUUUUCAGAGCCCCCCACUGUUUCAAAGGAAGAGCUAACACCACUUGGACUAUUAAAGAAAAAGGAAGUGCCCAUCCUCUGAUUUUUCUUCUGGCGAGCGUGUUCUCAGCUCUUCUCCAGACAGGCCUAUCUGAAAUAGACCUACCCAGAUGGAUUAAAGAGCUAAGUAUAAAAUACAAAUACUAGAUGAAAUUUUAGGGACACACUUUUUAUAACUUCAGUUUUGUAUGUGUAUAUUUUAAGGGGGAGGUGUCAUUAUUAAGCCAGGCAGUAAACACAAAUGCCAUAUAGGAAGGGACACAGACCACAUAGGACAAAAAUAAACUUAAGAUGCAAUAUUCCAUAAAAAGAGUAGAAAACAAGCAGUAAAUUGGGAUAAAGGAGUUGUAAAACAUUAUACACAAAAGGUUAAUGACUUUAAUUUACAAGGAAGACCUGCAAGCUGCUAAGAAAAGGGCAAACAAUAAUAGAAAAAAAUUACUGAACAGAAUAUUUUAUACCUUUUAUGAAAUUCAAAUAGACAGUGCAUAUGAGAAAAAACAAACCAAAAUACAUAGAACUGUUCACCUUCCUAAAAGUUAGGUUAUGCAUAUCAUAGCAACUAAUGAAUAGCAUUUCUCACCUAUGGAUAGACAACCACUAAAACCAAUAAUACUUAGGAUGCUGAGGAUGAGGAAGGAGUGCCACAGUCAUAUUAUCUUUUGAGAAAAUUUCCUGGCAAUAUAUAUUAAAAUUUAUUAAGAGACACUUAACCUUUUGUAAAGCAAAGCAAUAUCAGAUAGAUAGAUAGAUAGAUAGACAGAUAGUAGAAACUAGGGAAGAGAGGGUGUCUACCAUCUAGAAAUAAAAGCCCCAUUAUGUGAGGUUAUAUGAGGAGAGAUUGUUAACCUGUAUAAACAUGUGUGUAAAGUGUUAAAAGGAGCAUGAAUUAAGUUUGUAACUUCAAGUAUAGAAAGUAAAAUAAAAAAGUAAUCUCCCGGGCUUCCCUGGUGGCGCAGUGGUUGAGACUCCGCCUGCCGAUGCAGGGGACACGGGUUCGUGCCCCGGUCCGGGAAGAUCCCACGUACCGCGGAGCGGCUGGGCCCGUGAGCCAGGGCCACUGAGCCUGCACGUCCGGAGCCUGUGCUCCGCAACGGGAGAGGACACGACAGUGAGAGGCCCGCGUACCGCAAAAAAAAACAAAAAUAAAAAAAAUAAGUAACCUCCCUCUGCUCACGUCUCACUCCAAGUUACUUUCUAUCAAUCAUCUUGUUGAGAUUCUUUAAAAUACAUUCUAAUAUUUUAUUUAUCAGCUCCCUUGUUGUUUGCCUCUCCCCAUUAUACUCUCUGUUUCAUGAAGUGGGACCUGGUCUGUGACAUCCUAACAUCUAACAGAAGGCCUGGGACUCAACUCGCUGGUGAAUGAACCAGGGAAUGGAUAUUGUAGCCCCAAAAGCCCUCUCAGAGCCCAGAAAGCACAUGGUUAUCUGAAUUUCUGUAUAAAAAUGCCCACUAACCAUUGUUAAUGCACUGCCUACUGCCCUAUGCAGCUACCAGGACCGCAGUGAAAUUUGGAAGUACCAUAUACACCAUUUGUUUUCCACACUCUACCUUUUGCCAGGUUUCUGCACUAACCUCACCAGACUUAAUGUCUCCUGAUAAGCCUCAGUGACCCAGGAAGCUCAGUUUCCUUUAAGGGCCUGUCUUCUCUGCUGGCUGAUACCGUGUAUAAAAGAAUCCUCCUUAACACCCUACUGGGUCUGUGGUUACUAAUGCUUGCUUAGAGUCAUGGAAGGAAAAGGGUCACACAGCUGAUGUGUGUGACCAAAUCAAUGCUGUUUCAUCCCCUUACAAUGCCUGCUCUGCACAUAGGGCACCUUGGUGGCUUUUACAGUCUAAUGCUGGAUUAUACAGUUAACACGAUCAUCUACAGGGUAAGUUUGUUGAAAAAUUCUAUCAUACAUCUCCACUCCCUGGCAUGUCACAUCCUCAGUAAAUACUCAGAAUGAAUACUCAGAAUUAAUGUGUUGGCAACAGAACUUAUAUCUGCAUGGAAACGGAAUAAUCACUAAGCUGCAGGGAUUUGUGGGUUUAUUUCCGGGUGAUGUACCUUUUUAGCCACCAUUCGGUUUUAAAUUCCAGUUGCUACAUUUGGAGGGAGAUACAUGACUGGUACUUGAGCUACUUUGUCCAAGAUAGGCCACUGGCCACAUGUGACAUUUUAAAUUUAAAUAAAAUAAUGAAAUUAAAAAUUCAGGUACUCAGUUGCACUAACCAUAUUUCAAGUUGCUGGUGGCUUCUACAUUGGACAGAUAGAUGUAGAACAUGUCUGUCAAUGCAGAAAGUUCUACUGGUAGCACACCGGGCUAGGUACUUUUUGUCCCUCUGGGCUAACAUGUUCAAGUGCACUUAACCAGCUCCCUUCAGGUAGCAUCUGAGGAUACAGUUGCCUGAUAAAAUAUAGGAUGCUCAGUUAAAUUUGAAUUUCAGUUAAGUGACAAGUAAUUGUUUUAGUAUAAGUAUGCCCCCAAAUAUGGCAUGAGACAUGCUGUAAUUCAACAAAAGAUGUUGUUUAUCUGAAAUUCAGAUUUAACUAGGCAUCUUGUAUUUUUAUUUGCCAAAUCUGGCAACCCUAUCUGAAGAGCGAAAUUAGAGCAUUUCCCGGGGAGGCUGGGUCCUCUUACCAUGGGGAGUGUGUAUAUGAGGAAAUGAAAAGGGCUGAUAUACAGAAUGAACCAAACUCAUUCUGAGGGAAGAGGUUUGUAAGUUCUUCUGCAUAUGUUGAGGAAGGUUAAGAAAGAAGUUCCCAAAUACAUUUACUUUGGUUUCUUCUCUCCCCUUAGGUUUCAAAAGCUUCUCACUACAAAGAGAUGCCUAGAUCCAGAGUGUCUGUCAAACUCAUCAAUUCUCAGAAAUAAAUGGAUUGGCAUCUGUGUUCUGACAUCAUUGAUUGAUUCUGUACCUGCCAAUUUUUUCCUAUUAAAAACUUACUUGGGUUU